AGACUGCCUGCCAACUGCCUGAAACAGGAACAGGAACAGAGACAGGAACUGGAACUGGAACCAAAGCUGGAACUUGCAAACAACGCCGAACAUUCGUUGGACCAUUUUUGCUGUUUCCCGCAGACAGCCCAAAAGGGAACGGAGCGAGCCACAUUAAAAUGGCUUUGAAUGGCUUUGGUCGGUCUGUCCUUUUAAUCGCCUUGUCGCUGCUCAGCGGAGCGCUGAUCCUGCCGCCGGCUGUCGCGCAGCGUGACGAGAACUAUCCACCGCCGGGCAUCCUGAAAAUGGCCAAACCCUUCCAUGACUCGUGUGUGGAGAAAACAGGCGUUACCGAGGAGGCCAUCAAGGAAUUCAGCGAAGGCGAGAUUCAUGAGGACGAGAAGCUCAAGUGCUACAUGAACUGUUUCUUCCACGAAAUCGAAGUCGUGGACGAAAAUGGAGAUGUUCACCUGGAGAAACUCUUUGAGACAGUGCCUCGCAUGAUGCGAGAGAAAUUGAUGGAAAUGUCGCAGAACUGCGUUCAUCCCGAAGGCGACACGUUGUGCCACAAGGCCUGGUGGUUCCAUCAGUGCUGGAAAAAGGCCGAUCCCAAGCACUACUUCUUGCCUUGAACGCCUGGCUGAACCCGUUCUCUGAUUAACCCGUCGCUGACCCCGCACUAUUUAUGUAUAUG